GUGCUUUACAAAAACACUCCUACCCUAUUCAUCGCUAACGUUUUUUUUGUUAUUAUUUUUAUUGUCUGUACUACUUACUUUCUUCUUCCGUUUUUCGUUCUCUCCACUUUCUACGCCGUCCAGCAAAGCGAUACGAACACCAUGCCGGCAGAGAGCUACUCGGAUGAGAGGCUUGACAGCACCAUUGCGGAGCUGGAGCCGGUCUUCCGCAAGGAGUUUCAGGUCGAGAACGACGCGGAUGUGGAGUGGCUUCUCUUCACCUUCGCCCCCGGUCGCAUCAAUCUCAUUGGGGAACAUGUGGACUACAUGGAGGGCUGGGUCUGCCCCGCGGCGGUGCUGGAGGGCACCCACAUCCUCGUCGGCCGUGUGCGGCACCUGAAGAAGGAGGCGAAGCCAAAGCUGCGCUUCUACGCCACCUACAACAAGGAGCAUUACGACAUGGACUCCAUCGGCGGUAGCAGGCACAACAAGGCGUGGACGACGUUCGUGCGGGGUGCGGUGACGCUGCGGCUGCAGCGCCUCGGCGUCGAUAUCGACCACCCGUCCCUGCGCGGCGUGUGCAUGGUGGUGCACGGCACUCUCGCCAUGGGUGCCGGCAUGAGUGCCUCCGCUGCCUUCGGUGUGGCCCUCAUUCACGCCGUGAACGCGCUCGUGACGAAGAACUACGAGCAGUGUCCUCCUUCGAACGAUCGCCGCUACGCGGUGAUGCCGGCGCUGCCCCAGCAGGACCUCGUCGAACUGGCGAAGGAGGCUCGCCGUAUUGAGACGGAGUACUGCGGCGUGAACGUCGGCAUCAUGGACCAGUUCAUCUCUGCCCUAGCAGAGACCGACAAGUUCAUGUUCCUCGACUGCAAGGAGCUCACCUUUCAAUCGAUUGAGCUGACGCCGUUGCUGAACAACGGAGAGUAUUGUUGGAUGCUGAUCGACUCGAUGAUCAAGCACGACCUUCUUGGUGGAACCGCCUCCACCUACAACGCCGUCCGCAGUGAUCAGGAGAAUUCGCAGAAGAAAAUCGGCGAGCGCCGCUUCCCCGGUAAGCCGUACUCCUUCUCGCGCAUGGUGCGCAACCCAGCUGAGUACAACUUCGACGGCGAUGUGGAGAAGUUCAUGGCGGAGUUCAAGCCCAUCAUGACGCCCGGCGAGUUCGAGCGUGGAAGCUACCAGCUAAUGGAGCAGCUGCGCACCCUGGAGUUCCGCAAGAUCAACGACCCGCAACUGCCUCUCUCCCACAAGGAGCGGGUGAAGGCGGCGGGCACAAUCCUCAACGCCGGCCACGCGGGCAUGCGGGAUCUCAUGAAGAUCACCACCCCGGAGCUGGACUACAUUCAAGAGCUGAUCAACGAGGACAAGGACGUCGCUGGCGGUCGCAUGAUGGGUGGCGGCUUUGGUGGGUGCAUCAUUCUGCUUCUCCGUACCAGCGCACAAGAACGCGUGAAGGCGCGCGUGCGGGAACACUUCAAGGCACGCUUCAAAGUGGAGAACACCUGCUACUCGGUUGAGCGCGUCGGCUGCGGCUCCUUUGUGGUGUCACUCGAGCGGAAGCACAAGGAGGCGGCCAAGAUGUAG